AUGCCGCAGGUGACGGAAGUGAAGAAAGACAAAGAUUCAUACGCCCUGAAACCGUACAAGGCAGUGGGACACAAUCAAGUGCGCGGGGUUAUCUACCUGCAUGGAGACAACAGCUCUGAAACCUCAGAAACACUCAUUCCAGAUCUGGUAUGUCGAACCGCGAAGAUCGUCUUCGCAAGACUUAUGGGCAAAACUAGCAACGUGGUCGUCAUCACGUUCGAGGGCACUAGGCUACCAAAGAACGUAAUGUUCAGCAGAGAGAUCUUCACUGUGAGGCCGUACCGUCCCCGGCCCGUCGUAUGUUACAAUUGCCAUGGAAUCGGUCACAAGAGCGAUGUAUGCCCCAUCAAAGAAAGCAGGUGCGGCCAUUGCGGCUACACACACGAGGAAGAUAUGGAACAAUGCAACAGGGAACCCAAGUGCCGAAACUGCGAGGGGCAUCAUGUCGCCACUAGUAAUGCCUGCCCGAAAAGGAAGAUACCCGAGAAAACGAAACUCCGAAAGCAGCCACCAAAACACCAACCAAGAGAAAGCUAUGCCGCGGCAGCCACGGACAAUCGAAGACCACCUGCAGAACAGCCCAGGGUCGAAGCCAAGCAAGGAUCAACGCAAGGAAUGAUUCAGGAAGAGCAGGGCAAGUGUCUGGCCUGGAUGCCCGAAUGGGCCCAACCGAGGGCAACUCUGGUGCCGGCAACGCGACCGCUCAAAUCACCCUUCGACGCAGAAACUGAGCACAACAAACUUCGAGAGGAGAUAUCACUUGGCUUCAAGAUGAUCUUCCAGACACUAGGCGAAAUCAAGAAAGAGAUAGCAGAGCUGAGACAUGCACGACGUUAG